AUGGCUGAUAAUGAAAUACGUAGGAUUGCUAGAGCACAUAGAAUUUCAAUUUGUCAUGCUAAAAGUGAUGCCCAAUUUGAGGAAAAAUUAAAUGAUUUUUUAAGCCUUAUCCUGGUAACGCUUGCAAGUUCUCACGAAAUUGUGCGAAAAAAGGGUAAAAUUACGCACCUACUGCCAGUUAUUAAAAAUAUUACAAUGAAACCAUGUAAUCGGAAAACACUUUUAUUCCAAAAAAUUUUCGAGCUCUUUCAAAACUCAAGAGCCGAACUUGCAGAUUUGGAAACAAAAGAGGUGAUGGAUAGUUUAUAUUCGCUAUAUGAAUGCUGUAGAUUGCUAUCACGUCAAAAAGAGUUAUUAUGUCAAUCACAAUCACUUAAAUCCAAAACCAUGAGUUAUCUAUGCAAGUCCAAACUAGCUGCAAAUAUCUUUCCAGCAAUGUUACAUGUUUCACUCGAUUGUUUAUAUAGUAAGCUAUGA